GCGCGCAGCGGGGAUUGGUGCUGGAUGAUUUCUGCUGUCUGUGUCUGUGUGUGUGAGGAGGCUGUGUUCAUUGUAGGUGUGUGUACCUCAGUAAUAACGGAUAAACGUGAUGAGAUGAAAGGUGCAUGUUGGUGUCAGACUUUAUAAUAUUCAUCAUUUUGGCUCUUCAUCUUCGUCCUGUGGAUGCAGGAAUAGAAACACAUCCAGUUGACAUAUUGUGGCGUGCACAGGUUGCGAUCGUAUCUCAUUUGGCUUCCUUUGCUCCUCGCUGUAUUGUUCGCCUUUGUCACUCACGCUUGCUCUGAUGUGGAGCAGGAAUCACACAUGUUGGGUUCCCUCACGAAAUAAAAGCCAAACUUACACUUGCUUUGUUUUAUUGUAGUGUUUAUAUGUAGUGAUGCAAUAAUCCCAGAAGAGUCGGUGUAAGUGCAACAGGGGCACUUUAAUUCACCACUGGAUUAUCAUGCCAGCCUUUAGCCUCUAUCUGACAGCCUGUGUGACAGUAAAUCUGGGUGGCUGUCGGAAGCAGCAGGGAGCGAUGAUGUGCGGGUCCAUGAGAGAGGUGCAUGCUGGAUAAUAAAAAAAAAAGAAAAAAAAGGACGCGAGAGAUCUGCGAGAGAGCUCUUUGGGAAAUCCGGAGACUGACAGACAGGGAGGAGAGGGGACACUCCACCUCGGAUUAUUUCUCCGGACGGUGCAUGCAAAGGGUUUGUAAAUCGAGAAGUUGGUGUUUUGGUCUUAACAGCUGUUGGAGGUGUGCGCAGGACAGCAGUCCAAUCAGGGCGCAGAAACCGCUUCAGACAGAGGGGAGGGCAGGAGAGUCUGGAUCUCCCUGUUGCCCCUCCACCUGCACCAGAUCUCCGUGUCACUGAGGGACAGGAGAGGCCCUGCAGACAGCAGUCGCGCCAGGCACCAUGAGGCAGCGAGCUUGGCCUGUGAGCGCGGAGAAAUCACCCCUCAUCACUCUCAACUGGACUGGGCAGGGGAGGAAAUGCGUACAGAAGCAACAGCAGCAGAGACAGGCUAAUACACUCAUCUGAGAGUACAGUGGAGAGCAAAUGGGGGAGGCAGGGAGAGAUUGAGUGAGGGGAGUGAGUAACUCAGAUUUCAUCAUCCUAAAUGGCAAAGUGGACUGGGCUGCACUCAGAGGCAGGGAUGUCCUUGUUAACACAUUGUCCUCCGUUAGAAGCUCCUUGUUAGAAAUCACAAAUCAGUCCCCCCUGCCCCUGUGAGGCUAUCGUGCUGAGGGGCUGAGGAGAGGAAAGAGAGAGAGGACGAGAGAGAGAGAGAGAGAGAGAGAGAGACAGAGCAGAAAAAAGAGACUGUGACAGGCCCCCAUGCAGGCGCGUAAGAAGUAUGUUCUGCUGGGCUUGUGUGCGUGCUGCUGGCUGGUCCUCUUUUAUUGGGGUGGAGGAGUCCAGCUACGUCUGCUUCGCCUGCUGACACGGCACCGAGGGGAAGUGGUUCGCCCCUGGCCCAACUGGACUGACAAGGCAUUCCUGCCCCGCUAUGCCCACCUGGAUGAGCUCCAGACGGACCCAGGGACAGCCGAGUCGCCCCGCCAGCGCCGCCAGGCAUGGCCUGCUAUUUACAAGGACAGUCGCUGCCGCAUGGAGACCUGCUUUGACUUCUCGCGGUGUCGCCGCAGAGGAAGGGAAGGGUUCAGGGUGUAUAUUUAUCCGUCCGAGAAAAACGACCGCGUGUCGGAAAGCUACAGGAAGAUCCUGUCGUCGAUAGGCGAGUCGCGUUACUUCACAUCGGACCCUCGAGAAGCGUGUCUCUUUGUGCUCGGGAUAGACACCUUAGAUCGGGACCAGCUGUCAGGACAGUUUGUGCCCAAUGUGGACGAGCGCAUCCGUGGUUACCCGCUGUGGAAUGACGGGCGGAACCACCUCAUUUUCAAUCUGUACUCGGGCACCUGGCCCAACUACACAGAGGACCUGGGCUUCAACAUCGGCCAGGCCAUCCUAGCCAAAGCCAGCCUCAACACGGAACAUUUUAGGCCAGGCUUUGACGUCUCCAUCCCGCUGUUCUCAAAGGACCAUCCCCAAAAGGGUGGAGAACGGGGCUGGCUGGUGAGGAACACCAUACCACCACGGAGAAAGUACCUGCUGAUGUUCAAGGGAAAGCGGUAUCUCACAGGCAUUGGUUCAGACACGAGAAACGCUCUCCAUCACAUCCACAACGGAAAGGACAUUGUGUCGCUUACAACAUGCCGACAUGGGAAGGACUGGGAGAAGCAUAAAGACGCCCGCUGCGACCAUGACAACCUGGAAUAUGAAAGGUUUGAUUACCAGGAGCUCCUCCACAACUCCACCUUCUGUCUGGUGCCUCGAGGGCGGCGUCUGGGAUCCUUCCGCUUCCUAGAGUCCCUACAGGCGGCGUGCAUCCCAGUGCUGCUGAGUAACGGUUGGGAGCUGCCGUUCUCUGAUGUCAUACAGUGGAACCAGGCGGUGAUCGAGGGGGAUGAGAGAUUAUUACUGCAGGUGCCGUCGACGGUGAGAGCGGUGGGGAACGAGCGCGUAUUGGCCCUCAGACAGAGGACUCAGAUGUUGUGGGAGGCCUACUUUUCCUCCGUGGACAAGAUAGUCCUCACAACACUGGAGAUCAUCAAGGACCGCGUUUUCUCCCACAUAUCCAGAAACAAGUACAUGUGGAACUCCCUGCCAGGAGGUCUGCUGGUCCUGCCGGAGUACUCCACCCACCUCGCACACUUCCCGUUCUACUACCUGGGAUUAGGGGUCAGUCCGGGUCAAGAGUUCACUGCGGUCAUCCAAGCUGUCUCUCCAUUGAUCUCCCAAUCUCAGCCAAUCAUGAAGCUGCUUCAGGUGGUCUCCAAGUCCAAAUACUGCUCGCAGAUCAUCAUCCUCUGGAACAGCGAGAAGCCGCCACCCAGCCGCAGCAAAUGGCCUCCCAUGCCCGUCCCCCUCACAGUGACAGACGGGAGGAGGAAGACAACCAGUCGGUUCCUACCUCAUGUUGCCAUAGAGACAGAAGCGGUGCUGAGUCUGGAUGAGGAUACGGUCCUGCUGACCAGUGAGGUGAAUUUUGCCUUCCUGGUGUGGCGGAGCUUCCCCGAGCGGAUCGUUGGCUACCCUCCCAGGAGUCACUUCUGGGAUCCCCUGAAGCGUGCCUGGGGGUACACCUCCAAAUGGACCAAUGAUUACUCCAUAGUCCUGACUGGAGCUGCCUUCUACCACAGGUACUACCACUACCUGUUCUCCCACUACCUGCCCCAGUCUCUGCGGACUCUGGUGGAUCGCACCUCCAACUGUGAGGACAUCCUGAUGAACUUCCUGGUCGCUGCCGUCACUCACCUGCCGCCGAUCAAAGUGGCCCAAAGGAAGCAGUACAAAGAGCUGCCCAGUCCGGGGGGUACAAAGAGCGUCCCCUGGGCCAACCCGGAGCACUUCAACCAGCGGCAGGAGUGUGUCAACACCUUCGCCAACUGGUUUGGCUACAUGCCUCUGGUCCACUCUCAGUUUCGCCUGGACCCCGUGCUCUUCAAAGAUCAAGUGUCUGUCCUCCGCAAGAAGUACAAAGACCUGGAGAGAGCGUGAAAACGACGGGGAAAGAAUGGACAGAACAGGCUGUGGAGAGACGCAAGGUCUUGUAUAGUGGCCUUUUGGAUUAAGACAAUGAGACCAAUCAGCGGUGGAAAGGUCAAGAUGGGAUGCUAAGGCGGUCUGGGACGUGGACAAAGUGUUCAACAUUCAAUCAUCAGACAGACCCUGGUGGACUGUUCUGGUCUUAUUAAUAUAAAUAUUAAGAGAAACGGGCCCACUGAAGUUGAAAGAGUUCUACCCCCGUCCAUGAGUGCAGUGUCAACAGAGCGAGGAAAGUAAGGGGCCUUGAAAGGUCCCAGUGAAAGGACAAUCUCUAUUGGACACGAGUAAACAAACGUGUACGGGCUGCUCACAUGACAGUGUGCGACUGCUGUGACCAAGUGAAAAGGAAGGCUGUCUCAUGCCAAAGGCACCCAGUGGACUUGUGUCGGUGCCAUGCACCCUUACUGUCGACGUGUGUCUGAGCAUUACUGUGCAGGGACUGUUGCCAUGGAAACAGAUCAUUUCACAUCAAAAUGCUAACUGUAAAAACCAAUAAAAUGAUUUAUAAAUGCAAA